AUGGCCGUUGAUCCGACUUGGACUCAGACCCCGCUCAGCUCGGUGGAUUCAACCAUGAGUGAUCUUCUGACCGGCUCUUUCUCUCCGGAAAUGGAAGAAAAGCAUUUCCGGCGACGAUCUUCCACUCAAUUCGAUCAGACUUACAUCCACAGUCAUCCCCAGUACAGUGUUCAAGGCUCCACGUCCACCCCAAGUUCAGUGGGUCCAUCUAGUGGAAGUGCUUCACCUUUGGACCACUGUAUUCAACAUGUAAGCGGAAGUUUUGUAAUUUGUUUUGUUGUUCAUGAUCUUAUAUGACGUUAUCGUUUACAGUCCAAUGACUUCUGCAACUUUACCUCAACCUUUGAUCCGAUGGACUGCUCCUGGUCUGAAAAGUCCUUCGCCAACGACCCUCACUACUAUUCCAGUCCAUCUUUCAACGAAACUUCUACAUUAAAGAGACCCUACUCCUCUCAUCCUCCAUCCCAUUUCAGUAUGCAUACCGUAAUCGCAGAUCCAUCGGACAUGAAUGCAGUCAAGGCCGCGUCCCCAUUUGUCCAUAAUUACUCAGAUAAUAUCAUCUCCAACUCUGAACCAUCUCCGAAAAAGAAGAAAGAAGCGAAUCCAGCGACCAAAAAGAAGGUCAAGAAAGUGGAGUCUAAGGGAGAGAACCCGCAAACAAAGCCUCAGGCAAAAUCUGUUGUUUCGGCAAUUACAAAACGAAGAUUGAAGGUAAGUUAUGAAGGAAUCGCGUAAAACGUUUCUUCAGAACCGCAAGAUCAAGAGCGAUGACGAUUCCGAUGACUUCAAACUCCCAUUGGCAGAGCUGACAGUGGAAGACCUGAAGGUCAUCUGCCGAAGACACAACUUUGCCAUCUCUGGGACCAAGGCCGAUCUAUUCCGUCGGCUUCAACCUAUAGAAGAUCAAUUGGAUAUAAUCGGGAUACUGAUGGAUGCCAUAAAUGAAGAGGAAAAUAAUGCCAUCGAGGAAGUCAGGGAGGUCCCAACCACCCCUAAGAUUAAGGAGAAGACCAACAAAUUCGACGUGGCCAUCUCUGAUUAUUUGAUGCAGAAUCAGAAGCAGAUUGAGAACAAACAAAAGACAAGUUCGUGCUCAGCGUGCAGCUGCUCAGCUUCAUCCACAACCAAGACUUUUCUUCUCAGCAACAAGGCCAAUAGGCCGCAGAUGAUGCAUAGUGUCAUCAAAUUGCCUCCACCGAGUAAUAAUGGGGCUACAUUCAGCUAUGCCCAGAUGGGAUCGGGAGGACAGGUGAGUGUUACAGUAUAAUACGAGGUAUUCUGAACUUUUAUUUGUCGAAUUAAGUUACUUCCGCUUAGCUUCAACUCUAUUUAUACGGUAAUCGAAUUAUUAGUUUUUUCUUUUCUUUUUUUGAGUUAGGAAUUUGAUAAAUAUCUUCUCCUUUCCCUUCCCUCUCAAAGACUUCCAAUCCACACCUGUUGUCUUGAGUCGGGCAGCCUGGAAAUAGCACCGGAAAUGACCUUCAUGGCAUCCGUGAGGUAAACGAAAAAACAGGGAAACGGGGUUUUGUUGAUGGGAUGACGCUCAUGGAGAAGAUGCCACCCAUCCUCUCCAUGGUUAUUUUGAACAAACAACUGGCCUUUAAUCUUUCCAGCAGGUCAUUGGCCUUGUAACUAAUUGCCCCUGUUCUCAGCGAAAGGGCUGUUCUCUCGCUUAGUGAAGCUCUUCCGGUCAAUACAGUUAUUGAUUUCAAAUCAAUCAUUCCGUUGCAAAAGGAACACUGAUUUUGAGACCAGUCUGGAAAAUUAUAUAAUACCUUGCGUCAGAUAUAUUUUAUAAGAUUUGUGACUACAACUUGUGUUUUUCGAAGAUUAUUUUGAUUGUUUACAGUUCACUCUCGAAUGUUCUGACCUGAAUACUACCCAAUAUGUGCAUGCUACAGUAUCCCGUUCCGAAUGUGGAUCUUGUGAAGAUGAACUUAAAUUAACUGAAGCCAAAUGCACUGUCGAUGAGCUGAAAGAUGUUACCAAAUCAUUGCCUCAGGCACAAGAUCUGAGUGAUAAACCCUUGUAAUCUCUUUGAUUAAUUUAUAUUACCCUUCUUUUUUGCGGUCUAAAACCAAAUGUUUUUUUUUGCAGAGUGACCGCCCAAAUGCUGAGUCAGCACGAGAAAUUGAUUGCUCUGCAGCAGAAAAAGAUCCAGGACCUUGUACAAGCCCUGCAGCACUCGCAGAAGGCGCUUUAUUGUCAACAAAAAUUGCUGGAAACUGCAAAGAAAUGCUCGGUUUGUUAAUGUUUUGUGUAAAACAGUUGUUUCUAGAAGGUCGACCCGAUCGAGUCCCUUCAGGACAAUGAAAAACAACACCUGCAGCAGAGUGCAAAUCUCAAGAACCUCCAAACCAUCGAACAAGUAAGAAUAACCAUGAAAAAAGACUUUCGUCGCGGGACUUGGGAAUAAAAAACAUGGGACAAAAAAGAGAUUUAUAUAAAACUCUAAACUUUCAUUGCUUCCGAUACAACUCGAGAGAGAUCGGAAGCUCGAAUUUGUGGUUUUAUUUUUGAAAUUCAAGUGAUAAAAUUACUACGUACAACAUGUUGUUUCUUUCAGAAAAUCUCAUCAAAUCAACGGAAAUUGACUCGAAAAGAAUUCGAAAUUCAAGAGGAAAUUCACAUUGCUCAAGCCGUAGAAGAUGUCGUCAGAUUAUUGAAAACCAAUCGAAAAACCGCCCUUCUGAUCGUUCAACUGAUCCACAAAUUUCAAUGUGAUCGGAUGAAGGAUACAAAAGAGAUCAUUCGAGUUGAUGUGAGACCAAAAGAAGUCAAACAAACUCCCGAAAAGAGUGCUGAAGUUGUUGUAAUCGAUGAAUCCGAAGAUGAUAUUGCAAAAGAGAGUGAGAAGAAAAAGAAAUCUAAAGUAACGAAGCCAAAGAAACCCAAGACAAUCAUCAAGAAGAGCACCAACAAGGACAAGAACUUUGCUGCUGUUAUGGAGGACAUAUUCCAGACUGUGAUCAGCGACAAUGGAAAUGCUGACUCUGAAAGUGAAGAGAAGAAAGAGCCUGAGGAAUCCACUGAAGUGGUGACCCCCGAAGAAUCUUAUUCCAAUCAAAUGACGGCCCCAGAAUAUCAUCCCAUCUAUUGCAACGUCUCCAACUCUGUGUAUCAUCCGGAAGAGAUCAAAGUCUAUCACUCUAACCAAUUCUCAGUCCCAACUCCAGAUGUGACCUAUUCCAAUCAACCAGUCAUCAUUUACAAUAACUAUGAAUAUGUCCCUCGCAAUGAAGUGCAGGUCAAUCAUCCGCCAGUCAUCCAUCCACCAAGAUCUCAGCCUUCUCCAGAAGAGAAUUACAACUACGAAAAGGAGUCGUAUCUGAUGAAAUUGGCCGAGAAAAGACGAACACUUUGUCAACAGCUGGAACAGAUUGAUAUGCAGGAAAGAGAGAUGAACAACCCGUUCAACGAGUAUGUGGAGAGUUCAGAGGAUUUCCAACAACUCAACGAAUUGUGUGUUUAUGACUUUGAGACCAAUGGAAAUCAUACCGAUUUUGAUGACAUUAUGGAUCUGAUUAAGAAUGGGGAGAGUGAGUUCCUUUCUUUAUUAAAAUUAUAUUUUAGUAGUUGUAUCUAAGUGUACAUUUUCAGAGAAUAAGCCUCCUGUAGAUGACUCCGAAUGUGUGCAAGCGACCAAUGCCAUCUACCAGGAUCUGAUGCUGACCGAUAACCAAUUCCAAGGGUUCCCUCCAGAAGUCAGUUUGUGA